AUGAGCAAACUGCCUGCGGACUGUAACAUAAUAAUUGGGGAUUUGGUAGUGAAUCCAGGGGAUGAAGAGUAUUUUAUUAAAUUGGAGAAUGUUAUUUAUUUGUUUGGGGCGUUGUCGAUUCAGAAUACCACUUUGAAGGAUAUGAACUCGUUGGGGGGCCUUCGAUACAUUGCUCAUUUUAAUCAAUCUCUACCUGUCAUCCAAAUAGUUGGAAACCCAAAAUUCGAGUAUCUCGCAUUUUAUGAUCUUGAGAAUAUUAUCACUAAUGGAAAUCGAACAGCUAUUAUCCAGGACAAUCAUAAGGAUUUAUUCUAUUUCGAGAAAGGCAAGUGUAAAAUUUUUGGUGACGAGAAAUCACAAAGCAAAAUCUAUCGAAUGCGCUUGGAUGCUACCGGGAAUCAGUGUGAUGUUCUAGUAGUAUUGGCUCUCGUUCUUCCCGCCGUCACAUCAUCGGGAUCUUCUUAUCGUCUGAUAGCAGCCUGGGAAAUCUUUGAAGCCCGUCUAGAUCUCGUUUGA